GACGAUGGGGGGGCUGGAGCAUCUCCUGAGGAGAGGCUGUGGGAGCUGGGCCUGUUUAGUUUGGAGAAGACUGAAGGGAUCUCACCAUGCACAGCAAUAUCUCAAAGGCAGGUGCCAAGAGGAUAGUGCCUGACACUUUUCAGUGCUGCCCAGUGACAGGACAAGGAGCAACGACCACAAACCCAAACACAAGCUCCACUUCACCACGAGGAAGGACUUCUUGCGUGGAGGGCGGCAGAGCACUGGAACAGGGAGGUUGAGUCUCCCUCUCUGGAGCCAUUCCAAACCCACCCCGACCUGUUCCUGUGGCCCUGCCUUGGGCGGGGGGUUCAACUGUACUCUCUCCAGAGGCCCAGUCCAGCCCUAUCGAUUCCGAUUGUCCAUGUGGGCCCCCCGGGCUCCGGCGGCUCCCGGGGCCGUGCCGAGCUCCCCCCGCGCUCCCUCACGGCUCCCCGGGGGCGGUGUCACGUGUCCCGCCCGCCGCGCUCCUUCCGGCCGCCAUUUUAGGUUGGGUCGGUGGCGGCGCCAUUAAAAACAGGGAGCAAGAGGAGGAGGGAUCGGCGGGAUCGGCGCGCUCGGCCGGGGCCGCCAGCGGGGCCGGGGCCUCGGCGGGGAGGCGGCAGCACCGGGGGUGGCCGGUGCGGGGCGGCGGCGGCGCCAUGUCGGAUCAGCAGUUCGCUCUAGACUCGGCGGCGGUAGCGGCUGGCGCCGGGGGCAGCGCGGCGGAGCCGGCGGAGCAGCCUGAGGGGCAGGCGGGGGCGGGGAGCACCGAUGGGGGAGGCGGCGGCGGCGGCGGGGUCGAGUCGGAGGGAGCCAAGAUCGACGCCAGCAAGAACGAGGAGGACGAGGGGAAAAUGUUCAUUGGUGGCCUUAGCUGGGACACAACGAAGAAGGAUCUGAAGGACUACUUCUCCAAGUUCGGUGAAGUUGUAGACUGCACUCUGAAGUUGGACCCCAUCACUGGGAGAUCGAGAGGCUUCGGCUUUGUACUCUUCAAAGAGUCUGAGAGUGUGGAUAAGGUCAUGGACCAGAAAGAGCACAAGCUGAAUGGAAAGGUCAUUGAUCCAAAAAGAGCUAAAGCCAUGAAAACAAAAGAACCCGUUAAAAAGAUUUUUGUUGGGGGCUUAUCUCCAGACACACCUGAGGAGAAAAUACGGGAAUAUUUUGGAGGUUUUGGUGAGGUUGAAUCCAUAGAGCUCCCCAUGGACAACAAAACUAACAAGAGGCGUGGAUUUUGCUUCAUUACUUUCAAGGAAGAGGACCCAGUGAAGAAAAUAAUGGAAAAGAAAUACCACAAUGUUGGGCUUAGUAAAUGUGAAAUAAAAGUAGCCAUGUCAAAGGAACAGUACCAGCAGCAGCAGCAGUGGGGGAGUCGGGGAGGAUUUGUUGGAAGAGCUCGAGGGAGAGGUGGAGGCCCCAGUCAAAGCUGGAACCAGGGAUACAGCAACUACUGGAAUCAGGGGUAUGGGAACUAUGGUUACAACAGCCAAGGUUAUGGAGGUUAUGGAGGAUAUGACUACACUGGUUACAACAACUACUAUGGAUACGGCGACUACAGCACGGGAACUUCCUUGCAGGCCCUGUGUCGCGCUGACUUCACGAUUCUCACAGGCCCGCUCAAUGCGGACAGGGUGGAGAUGCAGUAUUUUCUCAUUUGAAGAUUCAUUUGAGGUGGCACAUGCUACCUGCUAAUAGCAGUUGAAACUAAUUUUUGUAUCAAGUCCAUGAAUUGGAAGUAAGACGUUGGGUCCCUCUGAAGUUUAAUUGAGUUUUCAUUAAGAAAAAAUUGCUUUCUUGGUCUUAUUUCUUAAUUGCUAUGCUUAAGAAUCAAUUUGUUUUAUGCCCCUUCCUCAGUAUUGUAGCUCAAGUCUUGUGUUCCAAAGCCCAGUGUGACAGUGUCAUGAUGUAGUAGUGUCUUACUGGUUUUUUAAUAAAUCUUUUUGUAUAA